GUGCAUUUAAACAGAACAGAUAACACAACCACCUCACUCUGUCUCAAGUCACCAAAGUCACACCAACAACUAGCAGCAUAGCACUGCAUUGAUUUCUUCCUCUUCAUAAUUACUUCCUCCCAAUUUCAACCUCUACUUCAUCAUCUUCCAUAAAAGAUCAACUCAUACAAUUAAUAAUAUCCUCUUCUAUUUACACACACAUGGCUUCUGUUCUGCCUAUUUACCACAACUACGUUAACCUCCCAUGUCCUCUUCCCCUUUCAAAACCAUCCACCACCUUCAACACACCCAUAAUUCUCUUCUUCCCAAAAACCAAACCUUCACUAACCCUCAAGUGCUCCUCUUCCGCUUCAAGCCUAACCCCGGAACUGGACCAAGAAGAAGAAACAUUUGGUAACUUUGAUGAGCCUCCCUUGAGCGAAUCGUGGAAGGAAAUCCAAGGCUUGAACAACUGGGAUGGUCUCAUAGACCCAACCAUGAACCCUCACCUCCGAAGAGAAAUAAUCCGCUACGGCGAACUCGCCCAAGCAUGCUACGACUCCUUCGACUUCGACCCUCACUCCAAGUACUGCGGAACAUGCAAGUACCACCCUUCACAGUUGUUCGAGAAACUCAACAUGUCCCAAACCGGCUACAUGAUAAGCCGGUACCUCUACGCCACCUCCAAUGUCAACCUCCCCAACUUCUUCCAGAAGUCCAGGCUCUCCACCAGCGUCUGGUCCCCACACGCCAACUGGAUGGGCUACGUGGCAGUCUCCACCGACAGGGACCAAAUCAAACGCCUCGGACGCCGCGACAUCGUCAUUGCAUGGCGAGGAACCGUCACCUACGUCGAAUGGAUCUACGACCUCAAAGACAUUCUCCGUCCAGCGCUCUUCUCCGACGACCCCACCAUCAAAGUCGAAUCAGGCUUCUACGACUUGUACACCAAAAAAGAAGAUUCAUGCACCUAUUGCUCUUUCUCCGCUCGCGAACAAGUACUCUCGGAAGUCAAGCGUCUUCUCCAUUAUUACAAAAACGAAGAGAUCAGUAUUACCAUCACAGGACACAGCCUCGGUGCUGCCUUGGCGAUUCUGAGCGCUUACGACAUCGCUGAACUCAAGUUAAACGUUGUUGAAGACGGUCGUAACAAAAUUCCUGUGACUGUGUUUUCGUUUGCGGGGCCGAGGGUUGGGAAUCUGAAGUUCAAGGAGAGGUGCGAGGAGCUAGGGGUGAAGGUGCUGAGGGUGGUGAACGUGCAGGACGUGGUCCCGACCGUGCCGGGGAUAAUAACGAACGAGAAGUUUCAGUUCCAGAGGUACAUAGAGGAAACGCUGUCGUUUCCGUGGAGCUACGCGCACUUGGGGACGGAGAUGGCGUUGGAUCACAGGGAGAGUCCGUUUUUAAAAGGAGGGAUGAAUGAUUUGGGGUGCGCGCAUAACUUGGAGGUGCAUUUGCACUUGGUGGAUGGGUACCAUGGGAAGGGGAAGAGGUUCUGUUUGGCAACCAAGAGGGACAUAGCGCUUGUGAACAAGAGCUGCGAUUUUCUCAGGAGUGAGUACGGUGUUCCCUCGCAUUGGCGCCAGGAUGAGAAUAAGGGGAUGGUCAGGAGCCGAGAUGGCCGCUGGGUUCUGCCGGACCGCCCAAUAUUGGAGGCUCAUCCGCCGGACAUGGCGCACCAUCUGCAGCAGGUCCUCAACAACCACUUAGCAGCUCAGCAAUUCGAAACCAGUACUUGAUUCAAGCUCAAUAUCCAUCUUCAGAGAUUAUCUCGUGUUUCCUCUGCUCAUGCUCCCAAAAUAUUACAUGUUACUUUUUAGAUUUUUAGAUUUUCUCAAAUUCUACCAUUUAUUCUUCUCUGAUAUUUUUAUAUAUUAUAUUCUGAUCAGCUCAACUUAAAAAUUUGUCCUGCUUUAAAUUCUACCAUUAAUAUAAUAAUUACUAUCAUAUUUAA